UCGCUCGCAUCGAAGACUACAACUCCCAUCUCGCCUUCUUCCCGCCGCGACGCGCACGCGUGAGGCGCAUGACCGCCCGAGAUCAGUGACAGCUACCGCUCUGGUGUGAGCUUGGCGGAAAGGAUUGUAAAAGAAGGAGGAGGAGGUAUCUCAAAACAAAACAGCUGAGAAAGGACAGGGGGAAAAAAGAAAACUAGACUAAAACUAUACGUCGUCGGACGGAGAAACGUCGGAACUGUCCUCGUAAGUGUUUCUCUGUUGUCUUUGCCCUCUCCUGCUUGGCUGGUGAAGAUGGUGAAGCCAGAUAUCCACACUCUGGCCCAUCACCUCAAACAGGAACGGCUCUACGUGAACUCGGAGAAGCAGCUUCUUCAGCGGCUCAACGCAGAGGUGCUGAAAACAGCGGAGAAGCUGUACAGCUCGGCAUGGAUCACCAAGCAGCAGAGGAUCAACCUGGACAGACUGAUUCUGACAAGCGCUGAGGCCUCACCGGCAGAGUGCUGUCAUCAUGCCAAAAUCCUGGAGGACACGCAGUUCGUGGACGGCUACAAGACGCUGGGCUUCCAGGAGACCAUCUACGGGGAGUUCCUAAACUAUCUGAGGGAGAACCCCAGACUGGUGGCCUCUUGUCUGGUGGCGGGCGAGAAGCUGAACCAGGAGCAUGAGCAGGGGGUCAUUCACACCGUCUUCAUCUCGCUGUACGGGAACUGCAUCAUGCAGGAGGACGAGAGCUACCUGCUGCAGCUGCUGCGCUACCUCAUCGAGUUCGAGCUCAAGGAGAGCGACAACCCCCGGAGGCUGCUGCGCCGGGAGACCUGCGCCUUCAGCAUCCUCUUCAAGCUCUUCUCCGAGGGCCUGUACUCGGCCAAGCUCUUCCUGACCGCCACGCUCCACGAGCCCAUUAUGCAGCUCCUGGUGGAGGACGAGGACCACCUGGAGACCGACCCCAGCAAGGUGACGGAGCGCUUCACCCCGGCCCAGCAGGAGAAGCUGUUCGGGGAGAAGGGCUCCGAUGGAUACAGGCGCAAGGUCCAGGAGAUGGUGGAGUCCAAUGAGGCCAAGCUGGUGGCCCUGGUCAACAAGUUCAUCGGCUACCUGAAGCAGAACACCUACUGCUUCCCCCACAGCCUGCGGUGGAUCAUCACGCAGAUGUACAAGACCCUGUCGUGCGUGGAGAGGCUGGAGGUGGGGGAGGUGCGGGCCAUGUGCACAGAUCUCCUCCUGGCCUGCUUCAUCUGCCCAGCCAUCGUCAACCCCGAGCAGUACGGAAUCAUCUCGGACGCCCCCAUCAACGAAGUGGCUAGGUUUAACCUCAUGCAGGUUGGUCGACUGUUGCAGCAGUUAGCCAUGGCAGGCACUGGUGAGGGAGAUCCUCGAGGGAAGAGCAGCCUGUCAAAGUUCGACAAAGUCUGUGUUGCUGCUUUUCUGGACGUUGUGAUUGGUGGGCGUGCUGUGGAGACCCCUCCCAUGUCCUCACUUAACCUCUUGGAGGGUCUGAGUAGGACUGUGAUGUACAUGACGCAGAGUCAGCUGAUAGCACUGGUGGACUUUGUGAGGAACGUCAUGUCAGGAGACCAGCUGCGCGAUGAAGACAGGAUGGCUCUGGAGACCUUGCUGGCCAGCGUACCGCAGUCCAGGCCAGGCAAGAGCAACAGUCUUGAACUGACGCCCGCCAACACACCCCAGCUCUCUCCCGCCACCACUCCUGCCAACAAGAAAAACAGAAUGCCAAUAGCCUCGCGCGGUCGGAGCCGGUCCAACAACGCCCUGGACCAGUCGAGCGACCAGGAGGCAGGCUCCCAGGAGUCUGUGCAGGAGGUCCUUCCUGAGGAGGUGCUGGUGAUCUCGCUCGGCAACGCCCCACAGAUGACUCCCGGGAUGAUGUCUGAAAACGAGGUGCUGAACAUGCAAAUGGCUGAUGGAGGUCAGGGGGAGGUCCCAGUAGACGAUGCCAAGCUGCAUGGCAAACCUGACAAGACCCUGCGCUUCUCACUGUGUAGCGACAACCUGGAAGGAAUUUCAGAAGGUCCCUCCAAUCGCUCCAACUCGGUGUCCUCCUUGGAUCUGGAAGGAGAGUCUGUGUCUGAGCUGGGGGCUGGGCCUUCAGGGAGCAACGGGGUGGAGGCCUUGCAGCUACUGGAACAUGAGCAAGCCACGACGCAGGAUAACCUCGAUGACAAGCUGCGGAAGUUUGAAAUCCGGGACAUGAUGGGACUGACGGAUGACCGGGACAUUUCAGAAACCGUCAGCGAAACCUGGAGCACCGACGUCCUGGGCAGCGACUUCGAUCCGAACGUCGACGAGGACAGGCUGCAGGAAAUCGCCGGUGCAGCUGCAGAGAGCAUGCUGGGCAGCCUGCUGUGUCUGCCAGGCUCCGGCUCAGUGCUGCUAGACCCCUUCACCGGAUCCACUAUCUCCGAGACGACCAGUGAGGCCUGGAGCGUGGAGGUGCUGCCCAGCGACUCCGAGGCUCAAGACAUGAAGCAGGAGGAGAGGCUGCAGGAGCUGGAGAGCUGCUCUGGGCUGGGCAGCACCUCUGAUGACACAGACGUGCGUGAGGUCAGCUCUCGACCCAGCACACCCGGCCUCAGCGUGGUCUCAGGUAUAAGCGCAACCUCCGAGGACAUUCCCAAUAAGACGGAAGACCUUAGAUCGGAGUGCAGUUCUGAUUUCGGAGGGAAGGACUCCGUGACUAGUCCCGACGGAGAUGAGUCCGGCCAUGGUAAGGCUUGUAAUCACUUGUACCGAAACAACUCUGGGACUGCAAGGCAGAACUUCGAGAGCACCUAUUGUGCUUGUAAAUGCCAACGUCCCGUUCUUUAUCUGAUCGUGGCUGUUCAUUGUGCUGUCUUAGGAACCCAGCACUUGACGUCUCCGCCUUCCCAAGUCGAAUCCUUGCUUUCUAUGUUUGACCCCCUCGCCUCUGGAGAAGCUCCGACGGUGGUCAGACCGAAGGGGCACUACGCCCGACCACCACACCCUCCCCCGGACCCCCCAAUCCCAGAGGCAUGUGUCAUGGGCCAGGAGUCCAGGCUGCCCAUGUUCAUGCCGCACGGGCUCUGCCAUGCUGAGCAGCGGCACUCGUACCCGGAUAGGCUGGUGAGGAGCAGGAGCUCGGACAUCGUGACGGCCUCGCGGAGGCCCACCAGCGACCCCAGCUGGAACAGGAGGCCCGGCACUGAGGAGAGAGACGUGACGGUAGGCGCCCCUGGCAGUUUCCCUGUGGGGCCCUCCUCCUCUCCCAGUAAGGAUUCCCUGAAAGGAGAGACCGAGGAGAGGAAAGACAGCGAUGAUGAGAAGUCAGACAGGAACAAACCCUGGUGGAAAAAGCGCUUUGUCUCUGCAAUCCCUAAAGUGCUGUAUUGGACUGCUGAAGCACAUGAGACAGCCCCCAUCGGUUUCAGGAAGAAGGACAAGCUGGAAAAGGACAGGGACGAACAGGGACCAGAAAGGUUUCCACCCAUAGACGAGCCCGCCCCCCGGUUGAGUGCCCAGGCUCAGGCAGCUGAGGACAUCCUGGAUAAAUACAGGAACGCCAUCAAGCGCACGAGCCCCAGCGAGGGAGCCUCCUCCGCACCUUAUGAGGGACCAGAGGGAGAAGGAGAAAGUUUCCACGGCUCUCCGCGGGACGAAGCUCUUCAGAAUAUCUCCACUGAUGAUUUACCUGACUCUGCCAGCCAGACUGCCCAGCCACAGGAUUCCAAUUUCUCGUUCAGUAGUGAUGCCAAGAAGAAGCUGAGGAUGGCACUGUGCUCGGCAGAUUCCGUUGUCUUCCCGAUUCUGACUCCCGCUACAACGAGAAAUGGUUUGCCAGACCAUACAGACCCUGAAGACAAUGAGAUCGUCUGCUUCCUGAAAGUCCAGCUGGCUGAAGCCAUCAACCUUCAGGACAAGAACCUGAUGUCCCAGAUUCAGGAGACGAUGCGCUGCGUGGCUCGGUUCGACAGCCGCACCUGCCGGAAACUUCUGGCUGCCAUAGCUGAGGAUUACAGGAAACGCGCUCCCUACAUCGCCUACCUGACCCGGUGUCGCCAGGGCCUGCAGACCUCGCAGGCUCACCUGGAGCGGCUGCUGCAGAGGGUGCUGAGAGAUAAAGAGGUGGCCAACAGAUACUUCACCACCGUCUGCGUGCGGCUGCUUCUGGAGUGCAUGGAACCCAAAAUGCAGGAGUUCAUUAAAGCUUUCCAGGGUUUUACAGCCUCUGAUGAAAAGACGGACUGGGUUGAGGACUUCCUGCGCUAUUUAUACGGGGCCAUGGCAAACGACACGAUCUGGCAGAACGCCAGCGAAGAUCAGCUGCAGGACGCUCAGAUGGCGAUUGAGCGAAGCGUCAUGAACCGCAUCUUCAAGUUCGCCUUCUACCCCAACCAGGAUGGAGAUAUCUUAAGAGACCAACUUUUACAAGAACAUAUGCAACGCCUUUCAAAAGUGGUGACGGCCAAUCACAAGGCACUCCAGAUACCGGAGGUCUACCUGAAAGAGGCUCCCUGGCCGUCUGCACAGGCAGAAAUCCGGACGAUCAGCGCUUACAAGACCCCGCGGGACAAGGUCCAGUGCAUCCUGAGGAUGUGCUCCACCAUCAUGAAUCUGCUGAGCCUGGCCAACGAGGACUCUGUCCCUGGGGCUGACGACUUCGUCCCUGUCCUGGUGUUUGUUCUGAUUAAGGCCAACCCCCCCUGCCUGCUGUCCACCAUUCAGUACAUCAAUAAUUUCUAUGCCAGCCGGUUGGGUGGAGAGGAGUCCUAUUGGUGGAUGCAGUUCACAGCAGCAGUGGAAUUCAUUAAAACCAUAGACGAUCGCAAGUGAUGCAGAACACCACCUGCAGUAGCAGACUGUUCUGGAGGAAGCAGGCAGCACACUCACCAACUGCUCUGGAAAAAAAAAAAAAAAAAAAAAACCACCACUUCAUUUCUCACUUGUAUAUUUUGUACAUAGAGUAGAGGCAUUUUAAAAAAAUAAUAAUAAUAAUAAUAAUACUAAUAAUAAUAAUACAACAUUUAAAAAAAUGUUUAGUCUACUAAACUAAAAAAAAAGUCAAGAAAUUGUAGUAAUAAAUCAUGAAAUGACUAACUUGACUUUUUUUUCCCCCAUUUGUUGUUUUUUUUUUUUUGUUUUUUUUGUUUUUUUUUUUUGAACUGUAGUGUUGACAGUUAGCACUGCAUAAAAGGGACCACAGUUCAACAGGUAAAUUUACAUUUCUCAAAAUAAAAAAAAACGGGUAGAAUAAAUUGCCCUUCCCCUUCCUAGAUCCCAGAUUGUCAGAACCUCUCAAGUUAGCCCUGCUGCACUAGAAUACAUUGCUUCAAAGCUACUAGUUCCUGCCACCCACACCAGACAAUCCCAGCUUGGAGGACUCCCGAUUUGGAAUAUUUCAAUAGUCGGCUUACAGUUUCCGUGCUGCAUGAUCACCUGUGUCAAGGUAAAGCACAGGGAGAAUAGAUGUUAACAAAGCAGUAUUUUUUUUUUCCUCUGUUAUCCCCAUUAGCCAGGUAUAAGUAGUGGUGUUUGUUGUGUCGAUCAGAAAGCCCUCAAAGCAGUUAAGAGAACAGGUUUUUUGGUUGUCCAUUUGCAAGUGGGAUAUAAGAUCCUUCCCAUAGCGUGCCCGAGAGGAGAAUAUUCUUCUCUGUUGUAAGAACACAUCUUUUAUAAUAACCAUUUGUUUUGGGAUGGGGGUGUUGCCCAUUAAGUGCCAUUGUCCUUAUUUGAGGACAGGCUACCUUUUUUUUGGAAUUUUUUUUUUUUUUUGGGAGAAUUUAACUGGCAUCAUCUACCUGUUUAAAUUUUCCGUUUAGCUGUACUGGUUAUGAUAACUUUCUCAAAUUGUGUUAACCACAGAAGUUAAGUCUAAAUGUAUUGCAUCAAAUUACAUAAGUACAGCUUUUCAAAGACAAAUCGAGAGGGUUUAUGGGUAGAAUACAAGGAGGUCUGAAAUGUCCCAGUAGUUUUAAAAUACUGUUUUGCUGGGUUUGGGUAAAUUCGAUAGCUCUUGUGCUGGUGCCUUUUGAGUAUCCAUAUUAGACCUUAGAUUUGUGUGUUUACUGUGCAGGCUGUGCUGGACAUUCCUCUCUCUAAAUCUGACCUGAAGUUUAGGAAAGCAGCUUUGUCUACGGUCGAAGCAUAACGUUUUGAUUUGCACAUGAGUUGUAGCGUGGUUUGCAAGCUACGGAAAAUGCGAUUUUGAAUUUCGGACAGUUUUAGCACAAAAAAAAAAAAAAAAAAAAAAAGGUUUAUUAAGAACUUUUUUUUUCCUACCUCAAAGAUAUUAGGGAGUGUUCUAUCAGAUUUUUUGUAAUGUGUGUGGUUUGUUUUCUCAUUUUAAUGGUGAUAUAGACACAGUAGUUCUUUACAUAACGGUAACUCGGACGACUGUACGUUAGUCGAAUUGAAUACUUUAUAAAAAAUUGUACAAAGGAAUCACCGAUUAUUUUUAGUUUCUGGUGUAUACUUAUAUUUAUAAAAUGGGGAUAAAGUGACACUUUUUUAUAUAUACAUAAAGCGUGUUUGUCAAACUUUAUGAAGAGAUUGUUUGCUUCAGCACUGGUGGCAAGUAUAGAGUCUCAUGCAGAGGUAAUGCAACAGCAGCCUUCAGUCGAGUCAGAGUCCGUGAACAAGCAAGCCUGGAGGUCCACUAUACCAGAAUCUAGUGGGAAGAGCAAUAUCAUCCAUUAAUAUAUAUAUAUUCUAUUGGUGCCAAUGUGCAUGCCUACUGAGAACUUGAUACUUAGUGUAGCCUAAAAACAUUCUUGAAAUAGACACUUUGAAUUUAUUUAUUUUUUAGGAGGAGGGUGUUCUUUUAGUUUUUUUUUUUUUGAUAACUUUCCCUUUUUAUUUUUGUCUCCUGCAAUAUUACUCAUCUGAAGCAUUCUCUCGUGGUGCUACUUUUUAAAAAAAAGAAAUGUGGGUCUGGUGUUUCAAACAGAACGGAUCUCCUUGGCAAGCUAGAAGUUCAGAUUGUUCACUGUUACCCAGGAACACUGGAAUUGAACCUGUAUGCGUGAUCUGUAAUUCUCUCUCAGAUUCCUUAGCCAGGGAGAAGUGCUACCCCACCCCACCCCACCCCACCCUCCAUUUUAAAAGCAGUCAAUGUUGUCUUUUAACAAAAAAAAAGGUUUUGCUGUUUCAAAGUAACAAUAUCUGAAUAGCUUUGAUAUUAUUGUACCAUUGAUCGCCUGACAAAUUGUUCAUAGAUGUUGUUGACGUCCUGCUUUAGGAGUUGGUCCUUUCUCUCUAUUCUGUUUUGUUUUUAAGCCGGUAAUCCAGGUUUACAGUGGAAUGCUCCAGGUUAACUUUCAGACAGAUUACUAAAUUUGAUUUUGCUAGUUACACACCCUCGAAUUGUACUGACAUCAAAGAUCAGCUUUUAUCAAAGUAUAUGGUAUGUCAGAGUGUGUGUGAUUUUUAUUUUUUGUCGGUUUUAAGUCUGCUUAAGUGUGAUCACUAACUCCUAGCAGUGUGAUCACAGUACGGUAAACAGACGAGCAUAAUGUGUACAAAGUGGUUCACCUACACCUAUACUCACCAUGUUACACAUGUUAUCUGCAACUGUGUACGCUUUCAACUUUUGCGUGAAAAAUCACAAGUUGUUCAGUCAUAACCGUGACAGGCAUUGGUGUAUUGAAACGGUAAGGAAAGACUAAAGUACACACUUGUUUUUAUGCAGAGGUAGGUAAUCAUUUAUAAUCGAUUCACCUUACACUAAAAAUGUCCCUGGCAUUUAUGAUCAUGUAGCCAAAAUAAAUCACCCAGAACUGACGAAGCAAUGGGAACGUUUUGCACUAAAUUCGCAUAACAAAACUGUUUUUUGGCAAACUUCUUGACACUUCCCAUUGAUCUAAACACCCUCGUCAUCACCGCAAGAGUUACGGGGUUUGAAAUCAUCUUCAUUUUGCAACUCAAAUAUGUGGAGUUUGCAAAAUCAGGAGUGCUUACCAGCAACUCUAGAUAAAGCUUAAAUGGAGACUAGCAGCUAGAAAUGAUGAAAUCAGCAGCUAUAAAAUAUUAUGUUGGCAGUUUAAUAAAUCUGACUGCCAAAGAGUUUUAUACUGUAAAAUGUGCAAUUCUUCUUUUUUUUAUAUAAUAUAACACACACAAAAGAAGUUGCAUUUCUUUUCUGCAGCCCCUAAUCUGAUGAUUAUAAAUGCAGUGUAUUUAUUGCUGACGCCCCUCCCCAGCUCUCUUGAUGCUUGUACUGUUUGUAAAGAUUUGCUGUAUUGAAACCUGUUCUAAAGAGAGCGAGUGUGCUGUUCUUAUUGAGAACACGUGCCUUGGCCCAGUUCUAACAGCGAGCCCGUGUAGGAGACACAUGGGUGUGUAGAAGGUGCGCGCGUGGGAUAGUCUUCGUGUGAACUGUAGAGCUGCUCAGAGUUUUUUUUUUUUAUUUCUUUUGCAAAACGAGAAAUAAUUGUCAUUUUGCAAUUAACACGCCAUUGCUUUAGCGAUACGUAGCGUGUAGACAUCUUUUAAACUGAUGUAGGAUUCAUAUGGUUUAUACACUGUAGAGGAAAAAGGCUUGUCUCUUGUUAGGACACUAUUUUGCCCCUUCUAGGAGAAUCUAGUAGUUUUUUAAAAUGUUCUCUCUGUGCUAAAUUUGAAGUAUUGGGUUAACUUUAUGUAUACCUUGUAUGAUUGUAUAGACUUCAAUCAAUUACCUUCUUUUUUCUUAAAUUAUAUAUAAAAAAAGAUAGUUGGUAAUAAUUUCGUUUGUCUGGUUAAGUUUGACGCUCUGUACCAAACAUGAACAGCUACACAAUACGUUGUAAAGAAAUCUUUUUUUUUUUUUUUAAUUUUUUUUAUUUUAGUAAGUGUGUUUGUAUAUUAAAGGAAGGGAUUUAAAAAAAAAUAAAUAAAAAAAAAAUCUUGUGUUACAAUCCGGUUUUGGCAAGGCUUUUGACUUUUACAACAGAGCUGGUUUUGCCAAAAAUAACACAAGCCAAUCCAGCUCAGCAAGAAAUGAGUCUGAAUUAGGAUACCUUCAUUGUGGCUGCAGAAAGCAGGUAUUGUUUUUAGCCUGCAAAGGAGCAGCAAAGCUACCCCCUGGAAGAACAGAGCAGUUCUGGAAAGCAACUACUCCCCUCCAGCAGCAAACCCCAGAGACUCGCCUCUAUUUCUUGAGAACGAAUCUCUCCUCCUCAAAUUAGUUCUGCUGUGUCCUGUAUAUUUGACCUGUGCUUCGCCUGUAUUUUAUAGCACGGUGUUGCCUCUUCUCUUUGGAACUGUUUGAAGAAAAACACAAACCUUUAUAAACUUACAUUAAUAAGCUUGCACAAUCUUGCACACACUGGGGGGAGGGAGGGGGGUGGGGAUGGUGGUAUUCUGUCUUUAAUGUGAUUAAUGUAUUAUAUCAUUCUAUAAAAAACCUGAUUAAAAAACUGAGUUUUUUUUCUCACUGUAAAA